UAGAUAUGAAAUCUUUAGUAGUACUCGCAGUGGGCGAUAAAUAAUAUCACGAUUUCACCUUCAACUUUUUCAAACAUACCGUUAAAGAAGAAUUAAAGUGCGAUCUAACUAGAACUAUUUGCACUGCAGCCAUGAAUCGGAGCGAAGUGAGGAAGAAGGCCUCCAUAAAACCUGGAGGGGGAGCCGCGUCCAUUAACAUGAAUGCCAGCCGUAAAAGCAGCCACAGUUUUGGUAGCAGAAGCAUAAGAACGAUCGGGGGAGGUUCAAGGAAUAAUCUGUUUAAUUCGUCAAGUCGUAAGAGCGUAGCGAUUGAUUCAAGCAGAGGUGAUAAACCACAGUCGAAACCUCCAGUGCAGGUGUUUGAUGACAUGGGGCAAGAUGUCACUCCAAAAAGUCUUCUUCAAGUUGAUCCUGCUGUCAAGAGAAAUCAGAGCAACACUUUUUUUACUGGUGGAGAAUCCAUUGCUACGCCUUCCGUAGCCUCUGAAGUGACUGGUCAGUCCUUCUACGCCGCCAGCAGUGCCAGUAUGUAUGGUGGCUUCUCGCGAUCUGUGUUUGGUUCAGUGUCUGGUCGAUCAUCUCCUGAAUCAGUCAGCGAGGAUCUGGCUGAACCUAGCUCUGGCUUCCGCGACAAAUUUGCAACAUCUCUUGGAGACAUUCAGACACGCCCAACUUUUAUUCGAGAGGAACUCACAGAAAAAGAUCUUGAUAAAAUGGUUCACAUCACACUUACUGAAACAGAUACAAUCUGGAUGCUGGAUUUUCCAGGCACUUGUGUUGGAGAGGAUAAUGAAAUUGCAGAGAGCGUAAAGGAAAAAAACCAAAGAUAUGAUGAGCUUUUAAAGAACCGUGUUGGAAACGACAGUUAUGUAGAGAGAGGGAUGCAAACUUUCAACAAUGGCCAGAAGAGUAAAGAAAUACAGUCUAGUAAAGUGGAACUUCAUGAAGUUGGCUGCGUGGCUUCAACUUGGGAUAUGUAUGAUACGUAUAAUUCUGAGGAAAAUAAACAAGAAGGCGGCGACAAAGAUGAAGGAGAUGCGGAUCAUAUGGAAAGUCUUAGUCGGCCAGUCAGUGGAGAACGAACCAGCAGCCAUGAUGAUAAUGAAAGUGUGGGUUCUGUGAGGCCGGCCAGCGGAGCGUCUGGCAGUAUAACGGGAAGUCGAGCGAGUAUGUUCACUUUUAAGAGCAGUUCUGUCGAAGAAGAAGGACCCGAGAGGAAUGAUGAAGGAGCAACGGAAAAGGAGUUGGAAGACAUGGCUGCUAUCAUGGCGGAGAGAAUACUUCAGUCCGAAAGUAUGCAAAAGGAUCUCUUUAUAAUGGAGCGAGCCAUAGCUCUGAAUAUUUAUCAGCCCAGACAAGCAAGGUAUAGGGGAUUGGACGUUGUCCCAGACAUUGAUGUAGAAAAAUCCGAUGGUGAAGAAGCCAGUUCUGCUGCCGCUACGUUGGCACAAUUGGGACCGAACCUUCAUAAAUUAUGGAGCUAUUCCUGUAAUCUGACCAAAGGACGUAAUGUCAGCUGCCUAGCUUGGAACAAACUUAAUCCCGAUAUCCUUGCCGUGGGAUAUGGUGAGUUCGUGUUUUCUGAGCAGAAAGGUGGCCUAGCUUGUUGUUGGUCAAUUAAAAAUCCUGAGUAUCCUGAACGUAUCUUUCAUCUGGACAGCGGAGUCACUGCUGUUGAUUUUUCAGCGGCUCAUCCUAAUCUUUUAGCAGUUGGCAUGUAUGAUGGUACGAUUGCUAUCUACAAUGUGAGAAGUCGGAGUGAUACACCGGCUCUUGACAGUUUUGAGAGCCAAGGUAAACAUUCGUCACCAGUGUGGCAGGUUCGCUGGGUGGAUAGAGACCAGGGGUCUGGUGAAGAGAGAGACGAAAUUCUGAUCUCCAUCUCAGCAGAUGGCCGGGUUACCAAGUGGUCCAUUAGAAAAGGAUUUGAAUGCACAGAUUUAAUGAAAUUGAAACGGAUAAAUGUCACUGAAAAGUCGAAACAAGGAGGAGGAAAGAAGAGCGAUGCUUUGAUAUCGAGGUUUUCCGCUGGGUUCUGUUUUGAUGUUCAUCCUAACGACUCCAACAUGUAUCUUGCCGGUACAGAGGAAGGCCACAUUCACAAAUGCUCUUGUUCUUAUAACGAGCAAUAUCUGGAAAGUUACCAUGGACACACGGGUCCAGUGUACCGCAUGCAGUGGUCUCCGUUCUUGUCUGACGCCUUCCUAAGUUGCAGUGCCGAUUGGAGCAUUAGGCUGUGGCAUCAGGAUAAACGUCAGCCUAUCAUGUCAUUUUUCUCCUCCACUAAAUCAGUAAACGACAUCUGUUGGUCACCUUCAUCAGCUACUCUGUUCGCAUGCGUGAACGAUAAGGCCGUAGAGAUCUGGGAUUUAAGCCUUAACACGUUAGACCCAAUCAUAUCACAUGUUCCUGUGCAGGAACUGAAGUUGUCUGCCGUUCGAUUUGCUGUCAAUUCAGAGAUCCAGACCAUUUUAGUGGGCGACUCGGAAGGCCAGGUUACUGUGUAUCAACUAAGAGGUCUUCCUGCAAAAGUGGACAACCAGGCGCAGAUAUUGACCAAGUUGAUCAGGUCUGUCGAUAAUUCCGCAGGAUCCCAAGAGAAAAGGAAAGCAGAUUCGGAUUAAAAAAAAAAACUCUGAAAACAGAGUCGCUUUGAUGAGUUAUUCUUUGACUUACGU